GAAAGACUCGAAAUUGGAGUGGAAAAUGCGCUGAAGAGAAGUGUUGUUCUGACCGUUCUUCGAAGAAAGAUUAAAGGUCUAUUUUUCCUGGACCAACGUGUAAAAGGGUCCUAAUGAAUAGAUUCAGAUCAGGCUGUAAAUAUGAUGAGUGGUCCGUUUUGCGGCUGACCUUUACCAUUUCCAUCUGCUUUGCUUGGAGAUUUCCUCGGUGGCCAUGAAUGGAGAUGUAGCUACGGUGGUAACGGCGGCCGCACCGACGGGUUCAGCAGAGCCCCAGUACGUUAGGGCUAAGACUUCUGUAUGGUGGGACAUCGAGAACUGUCAGGUCCCUAAGGGCUGCGAUCCUCACGCAAUCGCCCAAAACAUCAGUUCCGCCCUCGUGAAAAUUAACUACUGCGGUCCUGUUUCCAUUUCCGCCUACGGUGAUACUAAUCGCAUUCCCAACUCUAUUCAGCAAGCUCUCUCCAGUACUGGCAUCGCCUUGAAUCACGUCCCUGCCGGUGUUAAGGAUGCAAGUGACAAGAAGAUUCUAGUCGAUAUGUUGUUUUGGGCGGUCGAUAACCCUGCUCCUGCAAAUUAUUUGCUAAUUUCUGGGGAUAGAGAUUUUUCUAACGCCCUUCAUCAAUUAAGAAUGAGAAGAUAUAAUAUUCUUCUUGCACAGCCACAAAGGGCUUCUGCACCACUAGUUGCAGCAGCAAAGAGUGUUUGGCUUUGGAUGAGUCUUGUAGCUGGAGGACUCCCAAUAUCCAGUGCGGAAUCAUCUCAACUCGUGAACGGUACCCUUACUUCUGACCCUCAAAUAUCUCAGAACUCUGGACUUGAUCAUAAUCAGCAGACAGCACAAGCUAUAGUAUACAAACCUGAAAAUGUCUCUUUGGGAAACAACAAACAUAAAGGUAAAUCUAUACAUAAAAACUCCAACCAACCAGUCCUAUCCAGAGCCUUAAGCUCGCCUGUUUCUAGGCACGAGGAAAACCCUAAUUUUUUAAACCAACCAAAUCAUAUCCAAGCAAAGCAGUUUAAGAAAGCACCUCAUGAAUUCUUCGGUAAUAGCGGUAAUAGCAGUUCUGUAGCCUCUUCUAGUCAGUCUACGCCAAAUCUGCUUAUUGAAAAUUACACUCAUGCUAGGACUGAUGGUAGUGUUUCAAUGGGUAGUUCCUCGAGUUACCAGCCUCCUCACGUCAGGCAAAAAACAAUGCAGCUCCAUCCUCCUUUUCGGCCAGAUUAUGUUUUUUCUCCUAACCCCGUUAAUCGUAAUUCUAUCCCAGUCCCUACUCAACCCGAUCUCUCUGCACCCAAUAUCAGUAAGCUGCAUAUCUCUGAUCACCCCAAUUAUGCUAUAAAUCCUCAAAAUUUUCAUCAUCAAGCUAGUGAAUUUAGACCACAUACUACGUCUCAAAACUUUGCCAACUUUAACUCGCCAGACAAAGGCCGUAGUCAGCAUGGUAGCCAGUCAUUCCAUCAUGAUGCGUUUAAUAAACGACAUGCUCGUGAUGUAGAGUAUGCACCUCAUUCAUCUUCCACCACUCUUGUUAGAAGUUCUUCUUAUAAUGAUGCCUGGGGAUCUCAGGGGCAACCACCACCUUCGGAGUACAUUCAAGGCCUUAUUGGAGUUAUUCUUCUUGCAUUAAACACCCUGAAAAUGGAAAAAAUUAGUCCAAAUGAGGCAAAUAUAACUGAGUGCAUCCGAUAUGGAGACUUGAGAAACUGCAAUACUGAUGUAAAAAUGGCACUUAAUAGUGCGAUAGAGCAUAAUAUGGUAGUGAGGCAUAAUUUUGGAGCUGUGCAAUUGUAUGUUGGUAAAACAGAAAAAUUGUGGAAGUGUGUGAACCCUCUAGGUGGGCAUCCCAAUCAAUACCAAAAAGCUAUAUGGGAUAAGAUUCAGAAUUUUUUGGCUUCUCCAGCUGGUCGUUCUGCAAUAAUGGCUUCUUCUUGCAGAUAUCAAGCAGCAUUGAUUCUAAGGAACGAAUGCUUAACCGAUUUUGCCUUGGGCGAUGUGCUUCAGAUUUUGUAUAUGAUAACCUCAAUGAAGAAAUGGAUUACUCAUCAUAUUUCAGGAUGGCAGCCAAUUAAUAUUAUGCUAACAGAAGGUAAUACAUAUGGAAUUUCAAGAACUGAACUUUGAUUAAUCAACACAAGUACCCAUAAAGCAAAAAGCUUUACCCUCGAACAGCUGAUAUGAAGGAUGAUUAAGGUGAAAUGUUAAUCACAUUGAAGGGAGUAUUAUUACAAAAGAUACCAGAAGUUACUUGGAUUACAGAUGCUUAGGGCCUCAAGGUUUGCUUAUUCUGUUCUUUUCCAUUUACAUUAUUAGAGAAAAUUUCCACUUUCUGAACGGGGAGCAAGUCAUCUACUAGUCUAUGAAGAUCAUCCCAGGUGCAGGGCUGCCAUUUUAAGUUACUUCCUCGAAGGAACGACUUUGUUCACGUGUUUUUCUCGUCUUCUCAGGGAGUUGUGCACUUGAUACACUAGCAUUUAAGCCGUAUAAGUUCGUCAUCUAUGGCACUGGAAAGAAAUAGAAUUCUCUUUUGUUUAGACCACACAAAGUUAGCCAGCUAAAUGAUGUCUUUUGACCAGUUUCAGUAUCCUUACUAAAUCUGCAUCAGGGCUUUGUAUGUUACACCCAUGCCAUGUUUAUUACUGCUUAAGGGAAUGCCGGCAGUGGAUCAGCUUGAAGAAGUCAGCCAGCGGAUCCAACAUGGUGCCAUUCUCAAGCUUCUCUUUUCUUUUCUAUUCUCCAUAGAUAUGGAUGAAGCUCCUAAAAUGUUCUUGUCUAGUUGUAUUACAGUAGGUUUCUGUACUCUGUCUGCUUAUGGGAUUGAUCGUAUGGGCACACUGAUAUCCCUUGAAUGAUUGUACUUCUUUCUACUGUCUAGAACAGAUGAAACGUUUAUAUGUUUGAAUGUUAUGUGAUAGACAAUGUGAGCAAGGGACUCGUUCCACUUGCUUUUAAAUGAAUUCAUAGUGCCUCAUU